CUGUCGGCCGACAAUGGUGACUAGGCUUCCUUCCGGUUUGCUAAGCGGAGGCCGGAAGUGUUGGUUUUAGGGGGCUCUGGGAGUAGAAGAGUGCUGAUAGCGGCAGCGAGGGCAGCGAAGGGGUUACCGAAGUGCUGGGAUUCUUGCGGCUGUGCAGGGAUUUAACCACCACCAUGUCGAGCAAAAGGGCAAAGACCAAGACCACCAAGAAGCGCCCGCAGCGCGCAACAUCCAAUGUGUUUGCCAUGUUUGACCAGUCCCAGAUUCAGGAAUUCAAAGAGGCCUUCAACAUGAUUGAUCAGAACAGAGAUGGAUUCAUUGACAAGGAAGAUUUGCAUGAUAUGCUUGCCUCCCUGGGGAAAAAUCCAACUGAUGAGUAUCUGGAUGCCAUGAUGAAUGAGGCUCCAGGGCCCAUAAAUUUCACCAUGUUUCUCACGAUGUUCGGUGAGAAGUUAAAUGGCACAGAUCCAGAAGAUGUCAUCAGAAAUGCUUUUGCUUGCUUUGAUGAAGAAGCAACUGGCACCAUCCAGGAAGACUACCUGAGAGAGCUGCUGACAACGAUGGGAGACCGGUUUACGGAUGAGGAGGUGGAUGAGCUGUACAGAGAAGCGCCUAUCGACAAAAAGGGGAAUUUCAAUUACAUCGAGUUCACGCGCAUCCUUAAACAUGGAGCAAAAGACAAAGAUGAUUGAAAGAACUUCAAAUUCCAGCCAAACGUUCCUUGUUGCCACUUUGGGUAUUUCUGAGACGUUCUCUUAGAGUCUGUUGCAUGCCCUUAGCUUUGCAGCUUUUGCCUUUCUUGUAUUUAUUCUCAGCCAUUUUGGGCACAUGCAUCUCUAUAUUCAGACUGGAAAUGGGACUUUUUAUGAUUUUCAGAUAGAAAAUAGGGCAAUUUAACUUACCAGCCCCUCCCCCUCAAUAACUGCAGUCUACACAGAUUCAGUAUAUUUUUUCAGAGAAAGUUAUUCACUCAAUUUUUUCUGAACCAUUAUUAAACUUUAUGAUAAAAACUU